UGGUAGGCGGUAUCUCUUCGUUUGAGAAAACAAUUUUUAAAAAAACAUGGCGGAAAGCAUAGACCUAGAAACGGUUAUGUCUGCUUUUUGCAGAAACAUAAUGUGUGAUCUUUACAUGAACAUCGACAGCAAUGAAAUGCAGCUUGCUGAGACUUUGUUUGAGAAAAAAUGUGCAAAAUCUAUCAGAGAUCUUAAUUCACAGAAAAAUGCUUCACAUUCAGAAACAUCAAUAUGCCAUUGUUUACAAACAGUUGCUCAGUUUAUUUUAGACCUAACUUACAUUGAGGAGUGCAAACUUGUGGAUACUGAAUUUCCUCCUGACUCAUUUCCUCGGGUCUCAUAUAUCUUGGAUACACUGAGUAGUAUUGAACAUCUUGCCAAAAAGGUUAUGCCUAACAAAGAGCCCAUUGAAGUCCUGCUUUCAGAAAUCAUUGAGUGCAUUAGAUGGCGGAAAGGAGCUUUGUUGUAUAUGUACUGUCACACCUUAAAUUCUCCAUCUCAGGCACCUAAUUUCCCCACACAUUAUCAGAAGUGCUUGGAAGAUGGUAUCGACCAGCUGAAGUGGAUGCUUUGUACCAGAUCUUCACCCAAGUGGCUGCUGGACCUCUCAAUGGAUGAUUCAGAGAAAGUUCCAGAUCUUGAAGAGGAUUCUGAUUUCCUUUCUUCUCAAGGGAUUCUCAGUGAUACCCACCUCCUAGCCUUGAUGUAUUGUGGUGAACUCUGCUAUUGGCACACUGAAGCUGUUAACAAAGGGCUUUUUACAACUGAUCAAACUACAGAUGAGAAGAUCCCUGAAGAAGUUAAACAAGGGGAAGACACUCUUUGUGCCAGUCCAAUUGAACCGAAUCAGAGGUUAUCUCCCAUUGAUGAUAACUCAGUGAAAGCAAACAAGGGAAGUGACUGCGAAUGUUCAGAUGCGAGUUCAGCAGUGAAUGAAAUAGAAAAAAGACAGUCAGACUCUUUAGAAUGUUGCAAUGUGACCAGUGAUAUUAAGAAAGUUGGACAGGCUUGCAUGGAGAUGUACAUAACAGUUGCCAAUGGGCCGAUGGCGCCUGGGGGAUGGAGCACGGAGAGAGCAGAAGAAAUUUUACAGUUUUUUACUGCAGGUAAACCUGGGAGUUAGCUGCCCCUGCUGAUCUUGUUGGUAGAAACAAACGGUUGUUGAAAUAUUUUUGUUUUAAAUUGAUUCCAGUUGUGUUUGUUUUUUUCAAUUGUGAUAUGGUCUGGCUAAAAUCAGGCUCUUUGAAAAUAAUUGUUUUAUUCAUUUUGUAGGAUUUAUUAUUAUAAGAUAUUAAUAUUAUCAUUACACAAUAUUGUAAGUGUAAGGUAUCAGCAAAAAAAAAAACUGCCCAAAUAAAAUUGCCACUUUAUAUUUAUUAAAACAGUAAUAAAUUUG